AUGUCACUGCGAUUUGCGAGAUCCUUAAAAACAAUGACUACUUCUAAACUUAAUUUCACUCCUAAUAACUAUUUUACACAAAAUAAUUUCAAAGAUGUUUGGAGUUUAACGAAUGAAACUGCUGCUCUUGCAAGCACUAAUUCCAAAAAUAAGGACAGAGGAUUGGUGAAUUUAGGACAAGGCUUUUUCUCCUAUUCUCCUCCAAAAUUUGCAAUUGAAGCUUUACAAAAGGCUGUCGAAGAACCAUUGGUAAAUCAAUACUCUCCAACUAGAGGUCGACCAACUUUAAUUAAGUCUUUAACAGAUCUAUAUUCUCCACUUUACAAACUAACUUUGAAGCCAGAAAAUGUACUGGUCACAACUGGGGCAAAUGAAGGUAUAUUGGCUUGUUUGAUGGGUAUUCUAAAUCAAAAUGAUGAAGUUAUUGUUUUCGAACCAUUCUUUGAUCAAUACAUUCCAAAUAUUGAAUUAUGUGGUGGUAAGGUCGUUUACGUUCCAAUUAAUCCACCAAAGGAUUUGGAUAAAAGAGUCACCAAAGGUACUGAAUGGACUUUGGAUUUUGAACAAUUCGAAAAUGUGAUUACCAAUAAAACAAAAGCAAUUAUAAUUAACACACCACACAAUCCAAUUGGUAAAGUUUUUACAAGAGAAGAACUGAAGAGAAUAGGCGAUAUUUGUGUUAAACACAAUGUUAUCAUUAUUUCUGACGAAGUAUAUGAUAAUUUAUACUUUGUGGAUGAAUUUACCAGAAUUGCUACCUUAUCGCCAGAGAUUGGUCAAUUAACUUUAUCAGUUGGUUCUGCAGGGAAAACAUUUGCUGCAACAGGUUGGAGAAUUGGCUGGGUGGUAUCAUUGAACCCAGAAUUAUUAAAUUUUGCAUCUAAAGCGCAUACAAGAAUUUGUUUUGCUUCUCCUUCUCCUAUUCAAGAAGCAUGCGCAGAAUCGAUCAAUAUUGCACUAAGGAAUGGUUAUUUUGAAAACAUGAGAAAUGAAUAUGUUAAGAAAUAUAAAAUUUUCACUAGUGUAUUUGAUGAAUUAGGAUUACCAUACACAGAAGCAGAGGGUACAUAUUUUUUACUUGUUGACUUUUCUAGAGUCAAAAUUCCAGAAGAUUAUAAAUUUCCAGAGGAAAUAAUAAAUAAGGGUAAAGAUUUCCGUAUUUCAAAUUGGUUAAUUAAUGAAUUAGGAGUUGUUGCAAUACCUCCAACAGAGUUUUAUAUUAAAGAGCAUGAAAAAGCAGCUGAAAAUUUACUAAGAUUUGCAGUUUGUAAAGAUGACGAAUAUCUAGAAAGAGCUGUUGAAAGAUUAAGAUUGUUAAAAGCAUAUAUAUAG